UAUGACUAACGUCGCUUUAGUAGUGGGAGCUGCGAGCAAUUUAGGUUUUAAUGUACUAAAAAAACUCACAACAGUGUACAAAGGGAAGAUAUAUUUUACAACAGAAGAUGCCUCCACGGGAUACAACAUACAAGAAACGUUGGAGAAAACAGCUGAUGUUGAAUUUAUACAAAUGGACAUCACUUAUACGAAGAGUAUAAUCAAAUUGAGACAUCACAUACAAGAUCUGGAUGAAAGAAUUGAUUUGUUAAUAAACAAUACGGAAUACGUACAAACGGAUAAGAAAAUAACCCAUGCUGAAAAAGUGAGACGGACAUUAAGUGUAAAUUUCUACGGUUAUAUAAAUUUCGGGAAAUUAGUCUAUCCAAUAUUAAGUGACAACGCAAGAGUAGUGAAUGUAUCAGGACCGGCAGGUUUACUAGCUACAAUAGAAAAUGAAGAUAUUAGAAGAAGAAUAAGCGAUCCUUAUCUCACAGAAGAUGAAUUAGUAGCGAUUAUGCAGGAGUACGAAGAAGCUGCUAGAAAGGGAAUCGAGAAGACGGAAGGCUGGGGUUUGAGUGUGACUGCAGUUAGCAAAGUAUCUCUAAACGCAGUUACAUUUCUUCAACAUCGAGAAUGGUCUGAUAAAGGAGUUGUAAUAAAUUGUGUGAAUCCUGGAAACAUUUCUACCAGAGAAGGAAGGAAGACGACUAAAGUAUAUGAAGAAGGUGCUAAGGCUAUUUUGUAUUUGGCUUUGGAAGCUCCGUUAACGAUUAAAGGCAAUUUUGUAUGGAGUAAUUAUAAUGUUAUUGAAUGGAACAGUGAUCCGUACGUCGAAGUGACUACUGUCUAAUUAAGGACUAAUCUAUUUCUUCUCUAAUUAAUUUAUUCUUAUGCUUUAAUAGAUGUUCUUUUCUGUGCGUCAUAGAUGUAGUUUAUCUAGAAACUAGCUAUUCCCAAGCGACUUCAUCCGCAUGAAAGUAUAAAUUUUCAUUUUAUUGUUCACAUUUGACAAAUU